GAUAAACUUACUUAUUUAUUUUUAAAUACAUACAUAUUAUAGAUAAAUUACACCCUGUUACAUCAUGUAUCUACAUUAUGAAUAGUCAAUAAAAACCUCCAUUAAAUAUACCGUAGGUAUAUCUUGCUAUCAUCUUGCGGUUCAAAUGCACCAACCACAUGGAGUGAUAACUGACUAGAUAACAGCUGCCUAUCAGGUUAUCCUAAUAUCAGAAUAUAAAUAAGGGUCAUUUUGUCCUGGCUUCUAUGCAUUUGCACUACAAUAUCCAAGACUUGAAUGAACGCUGCGCACAGAAGCAGACGUUUGUAUUGAAACGGAGAGGUCUCUGCCAAAUAAAUCCGAAAAACAAUACUUCAGUACCUAAAAAUGCAUUCAAUAGGCGGCUGGAAACUUGCUCGUAGACCCAACUACAUGACAAACAUUGAUAAGACCUACCCAUACUCCGAGCUACCUUACUUAGGCGAAUACCAUUUAAAUAAAAUACCGGUAUCAGCCGACAAACUCAUUGAACAUGUUGACUAUUGGGGCGAAGGACUAAUCAUAACACAACUCGGGAACAGCGGAUUCGCCAACUGCUAUAACGUGAACCAUUCUCUUCAAUUGGUGAGCAACGGACCAGACCGCGGCAAGAAGAUCCCAAACAGAAUCCCUGUCCCAAACUACAUCAACUGCGACACCAGCAGCUACAUCAGAGACAACUCCGUUAGAACAGUUACUGUCAUGGGAUCACCAAUAAACAGCAGCUGCGCUAAAGACAUCGCUCGUAUGGUCAACAAAGAAGUCGGAAAAGUGAUCACGUAUGGAUUCGAAACCAGCUCAUUAGAAAUGGAAACUCUUGCCAAUGAGUUAAGAAAAAAAUCACUUUUCCACUACCCAAAGUACACAUUACCUGAAGAAUUCCAAGGUCUAACACUAUUUGAUAACCACAUGGCAUUCUUGAAUAUAGAAUCGCUUGAAGAAGAAAUAUUAAAUUUCGUUCAAAACAAUAAAUACGAUAAUGCGCGGAAACUUACGAUAGGCUUGGAUGGCGAUAACAAAAAUGAGGUCAUAACAAAGGCUAUUAAAAAAAUGAUUGACACUCGUACAAAUAAAAUAAUGGAGUACGCUUAUAACCUGUGGAAUAAAGGAGCUAAAGAAAUCGUCACCAAAUAUUUCCCAGUUCCUUUUAAGCACAUAUUCAACGAAGACCACGUGACUAUAGUUGAUAAAAAAUACAAUCAAGCUUUAAAAUUGGAUCUGAAGACAGAUCAAAUCAAUGAUAGGCUAGCGUUCGGUGAUAGUACUGAUAAAAGUUCUAAGAAAGUCAGCUGGCAGAUCAUUCCAGUUUGGGAGAACAAUGAACUUACUUUUAAACUGUAUAAUGUUGAACACGACAUGUUUAUCAAACUAGAUGCAAACGUUGACAACUUAGGGGACAGACGGGCUUGGGGCUCGACAAACAGUAACGAAUCUAGACAUCGCUUUACUCUAGAACCUUUCAUAGUUGAUGAUAAGCUUGUAUUUGUUAUUAUAAAUUAUAGGUACGGACAAGGAUUGAAACUGGAUGCCAAUGCAAACGCUGAAGGCGACAGACUACUUUGGGGGCAUAAUGGUGAUGCACGCGCUAACUAUGAUCGCUUCAAGUGGAUUAUUGAAGCUUGGAAAAAUUACACUCUAAAUUAAGACCUCAUAGCAAUCUAAUCGAAUUUAAUAAAAUGAAUAUUUUUGUAUACCGCA